CACAAAAAAUAACUAAUGUUAACUAAAAAAUUUGUAAGAGUAACCAACAAUUCCAGACACGCAAUUCUAACCAUCGAUGACGCCACUGCCCUGGUAACGAUCAAGACGGAACCGCUGAGUGACAUUCCACUGAAGAAACCAAAGCUGAUCAACGAAGCCUCCCUGUACCAGUGCACCCGACAGCCCAAUUCAGCAUUUCGUCCAUGGACACAGAAAGCACAGAAAUAUGCACAACAGCAAUUAUUGCUACAGCACAUGCAGGCAUACAACGGAAAUGGGCUUCUGAAUGGAGUAGUACCCGGAGCCGUUUCACCCGGCGGUAUUCUGGCACUCAGCCAAGAACCACCCCUGCUGCAGAAUCCGGAGAGUGUGGUGCGGCUUUCGGAAAGCGACAAGUUCGAACAAAGUUUUCAGCCAAAUGUUGCCCUUGCUCCGCGGAAAACGAUUUUAUGCAAGGAGAGAGAACGGGAGCGGGAACGAGAGCGUGAACGGUUACCGGAGAAAGAGCGGUCGGUAAUAAAAUGCGAUGUACAAAUCAAACAGGAAAGUCCAUCGACGCCACCAGCUGAGGUGAUACGUUCGGUGAUAAAGUGCGACGUUAAGAUCAAACAGGAACGGCCACCAACGCCGCUUCCGCCGGAAAUAAUGUCACCUGGGCCUCGAGUACCUUCACCUGCACUUCCACCUGUGACUGCCGGCCUGGUUCCACUUCUCGGUGGAUGUGGGUCCAUCAAACCUGUCCCGAUGCCAUACAGUCCGCUCGCUGCUGAUGUGUUGCAGCAUUCCGGAUCUAACGAAAUAACCUCGUCCACCUCACCAGUACCUCCUCCGGUCAAUAUGACCACCACCGUCACUACCAUGAACGGUUGCAUCUCAGAAAAACCAAAGCUGCUGGUCAAAGAACAGAUCAGUCCACCGGCACAACACCGACGAACUCCCGGACUAAUAAAUGAGGAACUUCAUCACCACCACCAACAUCGAUCUCAUCAACCAUCAGCCGUAAUUCUCAAGAACGGUAGUGGUGUUGAUCCCUCUGCGGUGCCGGGACCCCCCAUCAUGGGAAAUCCUGAGUUUGAGCUAUCAACCGACACGGACGACGAUAGUUUAGUGGGAGAACCUGACAGUAGCAACAUUUCGAUGGCUCCUCUGGAAAUCAUAGGUGAGGUGAUGAAGGACGUAGCUCAUGAAACUCGAGAUCAAAUCCUAAAUAUCUUCAAGUUGCUAAUACAGGAAACAGCACAAAUUCGAAACGACCAGUUACGGCUAUUGACAGAGCACAAACAGAAAGACCACCUUAUAGUGGAACUCCAAAGGGAUCGGGACAGUUUGCAGCAGCAGGUGCACCAACUCCAGCAACAGCUAAAUAGGUCACUCAUCAAAAUUGCCACCUCCGAAGCCAACGCUGUUCAAAUGCAAAAACAACACCAACAAGAACUGGCCGCCGCUUCCGCCUGCUCCAGUCACUCAUCCACGCCGACCUCUCCGCUCUCCUUAGCUUCCAACGGCAGUCAACACAACCACACUGUAAUCGAAAAAAUUGAGCGGCGAAAUAGUUUUCCAGAAAAAUCCGAGGUAAUUAUGAAACCGCUGAAAAAGUCGCUUCGUCGUAGCCCGGAGGAUUCGGUACUGAUGCUUCAGGCUCUACCGCCUGUUCCACCGCCGCCACCACCACCACCGCCACCGCCUCCGCCGCCGCCUCCGCAACCCCAGCAGCCAUCGCUAGCUUUAUCGAUUCCAGCCAGUUUGUCAAUUACCGCCACCAGUUUACGGAAACCGUCUUCAGACAUGACGGAUACCGGCGAAGACGAUGACAAGUCGCCAACGCAGCAGCAUCCCGCGGCCAUCACUCCUCCAACGAACGGUAGCAAUGGGGUCAUUUCUUCACCUUCCCCCCGACCCCCAUCCAGGCCACCAUCGGCAGCUCCGACGGCAUCCAACGGAUCCACUAAUUCUGGGGCACCACCAGUAGCUUUGUUGACGGGAGUAACGCUGGAAAAUGGUCCCAGUUCAGCUGCCAGCAAGGAAAACGUCAAAAGUGCUAAUAACUCAUAGCUGAUUAUUUACCUUCGAUUAAAUAGAAAGGGAGAGUGAAGAAGAUCCGCUGACCCUGCAAGGAGCAGCGAACCCCCACACAGAGAGUGUGUACCAAAGCCAUCGUCAAUUCGAAAUAACCAGUUCGAUUCGUACUCAUUUUACUCUUAUUAUUUUCCAUACGAUUACUCUUCAAAUUGGUCGAUGGCGCUAUGCAUUGAAAGUAGAACUUUUAAGCUUCAUUGUCGAUAUUUUUCCCACCAAAUAUUAUUUCUUCAUUUAUUUAUAGUCACAGUAACAGAAGGAUAAAAAUAUGUAAAAGCUAGAUUAGAAAUAGUACUGUAAGUCAACAAAACAAACAAAAAAACGAAAAUCAACCGAUACAAAUUCAACGGGCAAACGCAUAAAUAGUAGUUCUACAACAAUCUUAUUCGCUACAUCAAUAUACAGUAGUAGUUGUUAUUGAAAAAAAAAAAACAAUACAAUAGCCAACACACAUACACUCCUACACUCACACACAAUUAGAUCACUCAGAUAUGGUAAAAUUUCAGCAAAUUUGAUAAUUGCAGUUGAAUACAGAUACAUAUAAGCAAACACACAUAAACACAUAAAUCAUCGCAUGCAGAGUAGUAGAGGACUAAAUAAAAUUUUAUCUCAACCACUGAGUGGUUCUUCGCAAGUCUUGCGUAGUGAUUUGUGAAUUAAUUAAUGAUCAAAGUUUUUUGCAAACUGUUUUUAAAAUUUUCGAGCUUGAUUCGGAUAUUGAAAUCGUGUUUGAAAAAGCAAAUAUUUGAACAUCUUCUAAUUCUUUCAACUCUGGCAUGCUAAAAUCUACUAUAAACAAUGGCUACUUCAGUUCAUUUGCUAAGGCAGGUGAAAAAAUACCCCCUUUUUGAGUAACUCUUUCGAAAAUUGCAAGUAUAGAAAAUUCAGUUCGAAUCUGUGUGAGUAUAAAAGCACAUAGAAGAUACUUUUUUGAAAGAGUUUAAUUUUGCUUGUCGGUCUUGUCUGGCCGACAGCCCAAAUUUUUUGUUCAUAGUUUAUUUCCAAACAUGGGAAAUAUGAAGAAGUACUAGAGAAGUUUUCCAGACCUCUGAAAGUCACGAAUCAGCUCAACCACUGUUCUGUUGACACCUUUUUGUGUAUAUAUGACCAACACUACAACAAGGAACGGCAUUCAGCAUAGAAGAUUUGCGUUAUUAUCAAAAAAAAAUUUUCUUUCUGAAAGGUCAGUUACGGAAAACAAAAAAAAAAUCGAAAUCAUAUGCGUACUACUACUCUGAUUACUUUAACUGUACAGUCUGUAAAUUUUGUUUAGAACUACCUUUUUUUCAGGCGUGUAAACGAUAAGUUUUUUAAGCUCGUACACUUUUUUCUGUUGGUUUUCAAACAGGAUAACUGUAAUCCAUUCGUUUCCUUAAUCAUUUGCCACGACGCGGGCAUUCAAAAUGCCACUAUUGCUAAGUUCAAUGUAAAAAAUACAUCCAAAAGGAGACAGAUAGCGAGUCGCAAGUCCCAAUCGCUUUUCAAAAAAGUGUGUUCAUGUAAAUGAUACGUUUGAUUUCAAAAAUCAAACCACAUACUCCUUAUUUAAAAGAAGAAGAAAACAAAACAAACAGCUUACUGUAACUGUUGUCUCAAAGCUUUCCAGCAAAAACAUUGUAAUUUAAUAAAUUUGUAACAUAAAGAGAGAGAAAAACAAGAUCAUCGCCAUCAAUCAUCCGGUUAGCACUUUUCAAAAAAGGCUAACCAAGCGACAACUACUUCACGCAAGAGUCUGCUUAUUUUUCGGCCAAGAAUAUGAUAUUAGAAAUUUUAUUUAUUUAUUUAUCCCUCUGUUUUGCUUAAAAUGGUAGUUUUUCUAAUUUUCGGUAUUAAUUUUAUUUAGGCAACCAAAAAUCAAACUAUCGAAAAAAAUCUAGAGUGUACACUGCUACUUAUUUUGUGAUCAUCACGUUCGUCUUCAGUCUAAUAUAAUGAGAGAGAAAAAACUAACGUCGAAUGCAAUUUUAUCGUACUAUAUUUCAGCUGCCCGAUUGUUUCUUACGAAAUAGCAAACACAUAUAACUCUGUUCCUCUAUAUUUAGUGAAUUAAAAUGAGCUGUAACAAAAUAAUAUUCGGAGUCGAAAUUAUCAAACUUAGAAAACAAUAAGCUUUAAACCAAAAUUCGGCACCAGCUUCGAUUCAAAUUGGGGCACGGACGUGUUUUUUUCGAUUCCCCUUGAAUAUGGUAUUACAACUCCAAACGAGGACGUUGACGACGACGCUUUGAGUUUGUUCCGUUAAAAAAAAAAAAAAAAAAAAAAACAGUACGAGAUAUCCAUAAACAGAAGCAAAUAUUUUUUUCCACAAAAUGUCUUCGAGCUAUAGAGUUAAUUGUACAGACACACUUAUAUUACUAAUAAUGCAAAAGAAGAGAUACAAUCCGUACAACUUGCGACUGUUGGUUAUGAAAACGGAUCAUCAAUCAACAUCGGUGAUAGACAGCCGUAAAAAAACAAAAGUGAAAACCCGUACAACAUCUUAUUGCGAAUAUAGUCGGUUUCUCUAAUCGGUCGAAGUGCUUAGGCCAAAUUUUCUAGAUAAAAAAACAAUGUCCAUAGGACGUACAAAUGCGCCACUUUAUUAUAACGCGAGUGUACCUACGUAGGAGAAAUUUUGGUGCAACUUGUUUUGUUAGAACGGGGUUGAAUCUGUUGAACUUUGACACCAACAGUGACCAAACAGGAAGAAGCAGGCAGGCGGUACUAUUCGGUGGUUGAGGAUUUACUUCUAAUUAAAUGACCAGUGGAAUUCUAAGAGAUUCGAUUCCGUAAGAAUCCCAAGAUAAUAGGUUUUAUAUUGUUUGGUAACGAGAAAGUUAUGGUACAAUUUCCUCCAUUCAACCAGAUACGCAAGUCGUAAGGAAACACCAGGCCAUUUAUUUGGGGCCAAAGGAUCGAAUUCAAUCUAACAGCAUCUUAUGAAUAGCUUAACAACUCCCAAUUGACCAGAAUUUGUUUGAACAAGCGUUUGUGAGGACUAAUACUUACUACAUACUCAUACAGGAGUUUUUUCCUAAGGUAGGGACCAUUCGAGUAGUUCAUCCCAUACCAUAAUUUUCGGAAAAUUUCUUCGACAGUGUUACGAAUGCUCUUAGUAUGUGGUAAAGACUGUGGAACAGGGUGUGAAAGGAAUUUGUUUAGGUGAAGUUGCGAGAGUGAGAAGAGGCCCUCGAUAACUACGGUUUAAAUGACGGCGAAGCGAAGUUUCCUUCUGCUUCAGAGAGCUUUCUGCUAGCUCAGUCACGCACCACACUAAAAGCAGGAUGUUUUCCUUAUAAUUGAAUCUUGGCUCCGCAAUUAAAGUGCUACGUUAAAACGAAAAGAUAAAUUUAUCAAAACGAGAACAAUAUAUCAUUCAAUUUCACUUGAAAACAUAUCACUUUUAAAGAUUCACUGUUUAAAGUUCAACUUGCUCGCUUUUGAGCUCAACCACUCGCCGCAGACGAUCGAAGAACGCAUCGCACGUGGUGCGCAGAUGUUCUUGUAGUAUUUUAUCCCAUACUGCACCAGAUGUCGCUUCAGGGCUUCCACAUCUUAAGGUUUCCAGAGCAGAUUUUGGUCUCCAACAUACCCCAGAUAGUGAAAUCCUUAGAAUUUAGGACGACAUGUCCACGGUUUUGACGACCUUACUUCUUUACCGGAAUCCGGCCAUCACCGGUUAUUUUGACCGAAAGCGUCACGGAUGCUGGUUUCUAUUGCCUGGUGGCCGUCAGCACGUCGGCAGUGGUUCGUGAUCUUUCUGGUAAUCAAACUCUGUCGUUCUGCUAAUUCUCAAACUGUUGUACGGUGAACAGCUUGAACCUUCUGGAUCUUGCAAGCCUUGGUUCGAAGUUUAUCUUCCCAAAGAUCUAACGAAUAUUUCGAUCAGAUACGUUCAGAUCCAACACUAAUUCAGUGGUACCACCUCGAGGAUUUCGCUUCAGGCAUUUCUUCACGAUUUUCCUCAUUACAAGUGUACGACGUCGAAAAACCGAUUAUCGAUCCAGUGCUGAAUCCAGAAUAAGUCACCAUGCUGCUAGGUCUUAGGUUACUUCCCUCCUGUAGCCUCUAACAUCUAUUAAGCGGGUAUCCUCGUCGAAGCACACAUCCAACGUGUGCGGGGUCAACCCCGAAGUCGACGACCACUAUUGGGACUCCUGUGCAAUAUAGUUUCUACGGGUGUUCCUCAGGCAUUCUUGCUACAUGUCCAUCUCACUCUCAAUCAAAUCGUCAAUUUCAUUCCUGUAUGGACUUCUCGCUGCGACCAGAAUCGUUGAUCUGUUGUGGGAUAUGCCUGGGUGUCUGCUGUAUCCCGCACUUCUAUUAUUAGCAACAUCGCUUUUGAGAAGUGGCAUGCUUAUUAUUAUUGUUUUAUUCAUGCUUGUGUGUAAUGUGAUGUAACCUUCCUUUUACACGCUAUCGACUCUUCUAUACUGAGCCUCCGUCCUUGCUUAAUACCGCCAAUUAUAAUUUCCUGGAGAAGUUUCGUCGUGCGUCCUUCUGGUCAGUUUUAUUGAUAGGAGGGACUAUUUUUUUGUUAAGAGGAAGUCACUCAAAUGGAGUAAGUGGUGGGGUGCCUGAGAAUAAACCCAUGCUUAAGUCCUUUUUGACAUCGAAUGGUCUGAUUCUACUAAGAUUCAAACCCACGGCACCCGAAAUUCGUCGAUUACUUCAAAUGAUUCCCCAUCUCUACAACCGCAGCACCAACAUUCGAUGGGCCAUCACGCUUUCUACCCGUCACCAUGUACUUCGUUUUGACAGAGUUUAUAACGAGCGCUUUUUUCGCAGCUUACCUUUUGAGAGGAUCAAAGAAUUUUUCCAUAGCUCUACAAUUAAUACCAAUGAUUUCGAUAUCGUUCGCAAAAUCUAGGAGCAUGUGACUUUCUAAUGAUGGUGCCUUUUCUUUGCACGCCAACCCUCCGUAUAGCGGCUUCCAAUGCGAUGUUGAGCAAUAAAUGUGACAGUCUGUUACUCUGCUCUAAACCAUCAAACGUCACGAUAACUCACCGGUUACCGUAAUGCAUGAUGUGGAACCGUCAACGGUGUCACGAAUCAGUCUGUUUAGUUUGUUGGAGAACCAUGCUCGAGCAAAACUUGCCAUAAAUCAUUAACUGAGUCGUACGCUGCUUUGAAGUCUAUGAACGGAUAGUGCGAACGGAUAGUGCGAAGUCUAUGAACGGAUAGUUGCGUAGUGCGCAAGCUGAAUUUUCGAAAUUAGUCGAAAUUGGCCUCAGUCUGUGAAACAUAACGCGGAAGAGAAUUAUGCACACAAUAUUGAGAAAAGUUAUGCCCCGAUGUCCAGGCAAUUCUUGUGGAAGGCAAUUCUUCAUCAGACCACGCUUUCAGUAUGAUCCGAUAAAUGGCAUGAUACAGCUGUUCGCUUCCGACUUUGAAAAAUUCGGCAUGAGUACCGCCCUUCCCAGCUGCCUUGCAGUUCCCCCGUUUCUUGAACUGCUUCUUCAUCUCGUCCAUGCAUGGUAGAUCCACAGCUUGCUCAUCACACUCAAUAUCCAUCCUGCUCCUUUCGACUCCUCUGUCUUGCUCGCUGUUCAACAGCAUACUAAAAUGUUAUUGCCAAGGCCUAGCCACCUCUUAUUUAUCGGUAAUCAUGUUGCCCUCCCGGUCGUUGUACAUGACAUGGCCUGACACAAGACUCCUCGUAUCGUACCUACAGAAGCGCCCCUCGCCUCCACAAGAACAAGUUCCCAAUGCUGACUUUUCUUCCGGUGAUGUAUCAUUUCUGUGGCUCUCGCUAGCUUCGCUUUGUUUUGUCACAGCCGUAGCCAACAGGUGACCUCUGGCGCGUAGAAUAGCCAUACCUCUGGCUGCAGGGAAACUGGUAAGCUUCAGGGCAUUAUCGUGCGUUGCCACGAGCCUCCGAGUCUGCCUCUUCUGCGUUGUCCUUGCGGAUUUCAGUCGAGUGCUUUUUGUAGAUCUCGCUCUCUCCUUUCCUCAAGAUGUGUCCGAUUCACUCCCACCCAUGCUCUCGAGUUUCUGUCGCUAACGGCUCAUCCUGGCCCCACUAAGGCGGUGAGAAAUAUCGUACAAGCGGAUAUCACCAUUAAAGGCGGCAGUUUCUCCUUCUUUGACUAGGGAGUUAAUCCAGAGUCUCUUGUCCAAUCUACAAGCGCGUUUAACAGUCUAGUUCAGGUUUCUUUGAUUGCUACAGUCAUGUUUUAAGAGCAAGCUUGAACAACAAAUUAAGUAUUAUGAAGAACAAUUCCCUUGUACGACAUUACUGAUUUUUCUAUCGCGUACUUCCCCUGAAGGCUUUGAAGAUCUUAGGGGUACGCGUACCCUAGGUUGAGAACCACUACACUAGCAGGCAACUCCGAGGCCGGAAUUUACGUCCUCCCAUUUUAGCCACCGCGCCUCCACAUUUACCUUCCGCAGCUCUGUAGCCAGAAUACCUGCGCGUGCCGGAAUCUUUGCAUUCCAAGUACCGAGUUUCCAAUAAUCGUCCUGUUUCGUUCAGCUAGGUCCAUGUGGAUUAUUUCGUUACGUAUUACCUGGAUUUUUUAUAGUAGCUCGUAUUCGGAAUGCUACCAUACUAGUGUCUUAGAUAUAGCUGGCGAGGCACCACAUUCACAUGCUAAUGUCCUUGAAGAGUCACCGGCCUGUUCAGCGUUGCAUAUAGCACUAGUUUCGUAGGACCUGAUACAAGUUCUCUUUCAAAACUUUAUUCGUUCAAACGUUAUCCACAGUCAUUUUUUUGCUGCGGUCUCGCUCCUAUUUUGGUAGUUCUUGUAGUACCUUCAGGUUUGCUCAGCAAUUUUCGGUGGUUCGCCGAUUUGGGUACCACAUUGAUGUUCGGCUCCAUCUCCUCCAACACUCGCUUUGAGUAGUGAACUCCGUCCAGAACUCCGGGUCUUCGCCCUAAUGUUAUUUCUUGAUGAACGACGCAACUUCCGGAAAGCACUUUGUGCCAGAAAUUUCCCCGUUUACGGCCAGUCCGGUGCAGCGGCUUUGACAUCCCCUUCUCGCUGAUUGUCAGCCACAGCAGCACCUUUUUAGAAAAGUUGGUGUGUGAAAUAAACUUCACCUCGGAGCUAUGGACAUAAGUGUCCUUCGUAGGGGAAGUGAAAUACGAAGUGCCCUGCCAGUCGUUGCCAUCCAGGUCUCGUCGUCCAUCACCACCGCCACGUCGCGAUUUGCCGGGAAAAUCGACUUAACUAUCUUAUUCAGGCGCUGCCGCUGCGUCAUUUCCUGCAGCUUAGCGGCCAAUGGAUGGGACUGGGGCUUCCUGACAUUAGGGUCCAUGUUCGCCAGGUACAUUUCCUCUGUUUGGCCGGUUGCAUGACCUCCUGGCCAAGCGCACACAGUGAUGUAGCCACUUUACCCCUGGCCUUCCUCUUCUUCAGCAUUCUUUGGAGCUUAUUGUCGCUCAGGGUUGUCGGCCGUCCGAAACCGGGCUUUUUUUGAUGCUCUGAUUGUUAUCUAAUAGUGCCAAGAUGUUGUAGUUGCCUGAACGGGUGUAUCCCACGUCCACAAAAUGCUGUACGUUAUCCGUUUUUGACGCGGUGUGGUACCGUUCUCUGAACGAACACACUUCUGAACGGAGUUGCUUCGCUGUUUUCGCCAUCACGGUUCGACUGAUGGAGUUGUCAUUUUUUUCCUGCUGACCGUCAGUAUAUGUGAAGGUGAACCCAUGAUUUUUUGUCCUUUUUUAUGCGGAAGUCUUUGUGAACUUUGCCUAGACCUAUUCGGCUGCUUCAUGUCGCUGUUCCAUAAUCUAUUAACUGCAGAUUCAGGAAAAGGAUUUUUUCUGACAAACUUCAGAGUUUCUUUGUAAGAGACAUUUGGAUUGUUGACUAUGAGAAUGUUUUUUCGCAAUCGUGUCUGUUAGAGUCUCAUCGGCUUGACCCUAAAUUUCCUUUGUAUUUAGUGAUGUAUAUCGAUAAGUGUUGGAAUUGGAGACGGAUUUACUGGGGUCUAAUCUAUAGUAUAUUCAACAACCGAAGGGUAAACACAAAUUGGAGAAACUUCUUAUUGAUCAGUAACAAAAAGUCACAAAAACUAAAAAAGACCACUCGAUCAACGGAAUAGUACCAACUGCCAAACCACACACACAAACACAUUGUAAAUCGAACAUCGUAACAAGACAAAAGCAAUUAUAACUUUAAGCAUAUAAUACUUUCAUAUUUUCGAAUCGGUCGCACCCUAGGGUGGUCCCUCGAUUAGGUGGUACGUGGACAAUAUGGAGGGCCGCAGGUGGACCGGUUACGUUUCGUAUACAGUCGAUUACUCCUGAAGACUCCUGAUGUGAAAAAAGAAGUACAAAUUAGUAAAUACGCUUUAUUCACGUAAUCGUAAAUGUAUAUUUUUGUCGACAACUGUAACAAUACAAACAAACAAACGCAUACUCUCACACACACCCACACAUACACGAGAAUAGUAGAAUAACACUUACCCACACAAACAGAUGCAUACUGAAAAAAGAAAGCCAAGCGUUACGUAUUUAAGCAAACGUCGUUAUAUAGCGAGAAUAACAGCGAGAAAAAGUAAUGAUAUUUUAAGAGAAAUUACGCACGUUGACCGCUAACGACAAUCUCCCGUACUAUAACUAUACUAGAACUUAGAGGGUCGCCCAGCGACAUCAAGGCAAUAGGAAGAAGAUUUGCUUUGUUCUUUUUUUUUCUCAUAUGAUGAUUUAUAACAUUGUGUUAUCAUCGAGCGUCUGGUCUGGCAACAAUUUGAAUCGAAGCGUAUUUGAAACGUCCUUUCGGCGUAAAAGAGACACAGAAAAAUAAACAAAAAUUAGGUGAAAAGCAGACGAAAUAUACCAAGCAUGGAUCAUAGGAUGGUUUGUUAAAGUUACACCUAGAACCAGUAAUUUGUCGGAAAAGUUUCGGAAAAGUUUCGGGAAUUGUUUGAUUAUUUAGCACAUUUCAAAACUUAUGUUUUGUCUUCUUAUUUUGUCUACAUAAAAAAUAGAUCUUUUCAGUAGAUUUUUUUCACGCCGAAGGCAAAUUUUUAAACCACACGACAGAUUAUAAACCUCAAAUUUCCCUCUGAAGCUUUCCUAUAAAUUCUGGUUCUAUAACAUUUUCGAAGCACUAUAAUGUGUAACCAGGAAUGCUGUUUCAUAACAUUUUUGUAUGAAACUAGGUAGAAUGGAAUUCAACGCGGGCCCACUCGGCUUAGGAGACAAACAGACGCCAAGGUCCCGUACAUAUAUGAUAUGCACACAAAAUGCAUUUGCUGUAUAAAGAAGAUAUGGUUAUAAAAUCGAAUUUAAUAGCAGACUAAUAGCUCUUUCUCUUCACGUUUCGAAGUACACGCACACAUGCAGAAACAUCAUAAACCCAGACAAACAACCACUCGUACGACCGUGGGACACUCUCUUCCGUUUUCCGAAAACAAGAGUAAUAACGAACAAAAAAUCAAAUUUGAUAACUGUUUAUCUAUACAGAAAAUACACUAGAGGCAACAAUAGUGAAACACGGGGAAAAAAUCAAAAGUUGACAAAAACUCUACCCACUUUACGAAAAUACCAGUAUAUUUCUACAAUUUUUUAGAACUACACACAGUCAGUGCAUAUAUGCUAAACGAAUGGAAAACCAAAAUCGAAAAAAGAAAAAAAAAACAAAACAAAAAAUAAGUCUAACUAGGUCGAUAACGCCAGAAUUUAAAACGGUAGCAACCUAAUAGUGACUUAUAAUAAAGGAAAACGAGUAGAGAUUAAACCUGUCGUUGCUACCGGAAGGAGCCAAUUGUAAAAAAAAAUGAAAAUAAAAAAAAAACAAAACACACCCAUUAUUUAAUGCUACGAGAAACUACCUAAAAUUAGAACGAAAGACGAAGAACGAGGAGAAACUGUGUAUUAAUUUUAAUAAUUUUUAGUUUUGGCUGUGCUUUUCAAAAAAGAAACUACUGUAGAGUUUAAUCUUAUGGUCUUUAUGUUUUGUUUUAAUUAACGAAUUUAAAAUUCUUGCGUUUUAGGUUUAUACGUACUCCUUAACAAUAAUACAACCAGCAGUAAUACGUUGUCUUUAAGAAUCUCGUUUUAAGCAUCUAACAUUGUCUAUAAUGCAACCAACAGCAAAAAAGUCAACUAAUUUAACGUACAUAUAUAUAAUAGUAGGCCCAGAAUCGGGUGUAGCACCCGGUUCGAAAAGGGGAAAAAACGAAACAAAUAAACAAACAAAAACACUGAAUACCAGCAUCUUGUUUGUGCGAGGCAACAAAGAAUAAACAAGAGGAAAAAAAUGAACAACUUGGUCCCAAUUAUUUAUUUUUAAUCAUUAAUUUGUAUAAAUUUGCCAUUUAAAUGUUAUCUAGUAAUUAUAGCGAUACAGAAAUAAUUAUGGAAAUAACAAAAAAAAACAAAAAACAGUGUUUCAACUUCACUUCAAGUAAAAAAGCGUAUAAUAAAACAACAACAAAUCGAACACAACCAUUAGAUUCAUUGGAGAUGCUCGUAUCUAUUCAUUAGAGGACAGAAACAAACAAACAAAGUAAAUGAACAGCAAAAACCUCUACCUUCGAAGGAAACCACUGAAGAGGGAACGCUCUGUUGAGGAGAGACUAGCCGCAAACCUACUUAGUUACACAUGUAGAUUAAACGAAAAGUGCAGAAUACUAAAUAAAAUACUGACAAACAAAUACUUCAUUCGCUCCUGCUAUCGUAGCCAAAAAAAAACAAUAAACAAAUUAUAAAAAACGCGGUGAAAAAUAUUAAACCAACCAGUCUUUAAAAAAAAUGUAGGUCUAGAAAACCCAACAUUACAAGACAGUGAAAAAGCUAAAAAAAACCAAACGCAGGCAAACAACAAACAGAGAGUUUCACCAAACGUUGUUGAAACACACAUUAACACAUACAACAGAGCAGUUCAUUUGCGAGUAAACAAGUAAAAAAAAGAGUUAAAAUGGCAGACAGUGUACCAGCGGAGUAAGUACUGCGCAACCUGUACACGGUUAGAUGCAAACAAAUACAACAGAAGGUGGAAUCCAUUUGAAGGCAUGACAAACAAAUGCUGAUGAAUUAUAUGAAAGUAAUUUGAAAAACCAGAAAAUAAAUGAAUUAUAGAAAUGAUUAUUGAA